CACACAUUUGACAGACAUAAAGCACAAAGUGAAAGGAAGAGAUGCAAAUAUGGAUGUAAGCUUUUGAUACGUCUUGUUAAACGAAAAGCAGUGCAAAGGUUUGAUAGAAGCGAGUCUCGGAGGUGCCGUUUUUGGACUCGACCAGUCAAAGAACUGCAUGUGUGAGUCUCCACCCAGCAAUGGAACCCUGGCCUAUAGUGGCCUGGGUCCUGAUGCUGACAUUUAUCAUUGAUUGGCUGAAAACUGUUCAAUCAAGAGACUUUACAGAAAAAGACAUUAUUUUCCUUUAUCCUUCAACUACUCCAUACCCAGGAGGGUUCAAGUGUUUCACAUGUGAAGAAGCAGCCGACAAUUACCAGUGCAAUCGCUGGGCACCCGACCUCUACUGCCCCAAGGAGAGUAAGUACUGCUACACACGUCACGUGCUGGACGGGGAUGAGGCCAGCAUAUCCGUGACAAAGCGAUGCGCGACGCUGCAGGACUGUCUCACCACAGGCUGCAUGGACAUGGAACAUGAAGGAAACCGAGUGUGUGUUUCCUGCUGCGAGGGGAACAUCUGUAACAUGCUUCUUCCCUGGAAUGAGACAGAUGCAGUCUUUGCCACCACGUCCCCCCUCAGCGGAGGCCAACAAGUCGCCAUGCAUAACGCGUUGGUGCUCUCCCUCUUCGUCGAUUUCGUCAUCAUCCUCAGCUACGCAUAAGGACACAGACUGAAGUCACGGGUUACACUAUUAUUAGGACUGGACCGACUACAACCACCCAUGAGUUGAUUAAUGUAAUCAUAGGCCUUAUCUCCCACAACGGAAGUGUUACUUUUGAACUUUUUGAUCAACACCUGUCAAAUUUGUCUCAUGAUAUAUCCAGGAUCUAAGAAAUCAGUUAUCUUUUUAAGAAGACAUUUCUUUAAGUAACAGCUCUUGUUGUUUUCCAGGGGCAAUGGUUAAGCCAAGAUGAUGUUUCCCUCAGCAUGUGCUGACCUGUUGAAAGGGCCAUGACACCUGUUGAAAGGGCCAUGGCGUAUUUAUAGUUCAAACAAAACUGUACAGGUAUGUUGUGUAUUGUAAUUUAGAUGUAUGAUAUUUAUUUUUGUACCAUAUGUUUAUUGUGGAAAACUGAUGAGUGAAUGGCUUUCCUGAUGAGCAAUGACUGUAGCCACAGCAGGAGUGUGGGCCACAUUUAUUCUCCUCCCAUCAAGAGCUAAUACCCCAUGAUUUUUUAUUUUUUUUUAUUGAUGAGAAAAGUAUUUUAUCAGCACAGAAAGAGGGCCUGUGUGUCAUGAAGGAGCAGCAGGUUGUUUUUUAAAUACAUGAUUAUAUUCCCUCAUUUUUAUUCCAGAAGAUCUUCCAUGUCACAAACCUUUUGAAGCACUUGUGUACAGAUGUGAGAGGUGUGUCUUGUUUAAGCAUGAGGAGUUGUGAAGUAUUUGUAAUGAGCUUUGUUUUAUUUGUAACCACUAGCAGUGUGUUUUACUGUGUGCAGUAAAAGGGCCAUGUGUCACCCUUGACUUUUUGUGUUUGUUUAGCUCUGUUAUGCAUUCUGCUCAAGGCUAUUAUGUAUACUGUGACAUAUUUUCAAUUAUUUUUCUUUGUUGGUAGUGCAGCCAUCAAAAAGUGCAGCGUUUGCAACUACAGUGUUAUUUUUCUUUGGGUUUUAUGAUUUGUUUAGGAGACCUGCCCACAGCUCAAAAGAUAAAUUAUUUCCUCUCUCACUCUCUCUCCCUCAUGCUCUCAAAUAAAUGCCAUGACAUAUCUGGUUCCUUGAACUUCUGUUAAAACUAAAGGGCAUACGAGUUAUUGAGUAGUAACAAAAGGGCUAAUAAUAAUCUGUUUUAUCCUAUGUGUCACUCAGGUAAUUAUACUCCACACAAGACAGUGCCAGUUAGAAAAUGCUCUAUACAAGACAGUGCCAGUUAGACACGUUCCCAACAAGAACACCUUCAGGGACAACCAGUGGAGGUUGGCAUAACUGACCUAUUUACUGACCAAGCAAGCGUGCUGCAUCCCAGCCAAUGCCAAGUUUUCAUAAAACAUAAAUCAUUUUUUGUUAGAUUUUUUUGUAUCAUUUCUGUAAAUUAAUGCCUGUAAUACUGGAUAUCCUCAGUGUCUUUGACCAGUAAUAUUUACAUAUUAUGUACAGUUGAGUGUGUUGAGUCUUGUGUCUUCUGCAAAAAUAUCUCCUUUAAAUGUGCCAGACUGUAUUUACAUCAUUGUACAUGACUGACUAUAAACACUAAUCCAACAUACUUUUAAGAAUAAAAAUAUUUGAUAACUGAA